UCCCCUUGUCUGUGCGUGGGGAGGGGGGCCUGCCCUCCCCUCUCUCUCCUUCUCUCUCUCUCUCUCUCUCUCUCUCUCUUGUCCUCUUCCCUUUUUCUUUCUUCUUCUUCUUCAUCUUAAUGAAACUCUCUCUUUCACACAAACCAAGUUUACAUUUUAUUGAAUUAUAUAUUAUUGUCUCCUCCUUAUAAAUUUUCUAGCUACCCCUCACACUAUAUAUUUUAUAUAUAUAUAAUACUGUCUGUAUGGGUGUGUAUCAGUUAACUUGUUCUUUCUCUCUCUUAGGUUUUCAUUCUUGAAAACAAAAAUACACGAGUAGUAUAGCUAGGUUUUAAUUUUCUGCAUCUACACAUCACAUGCAGCUGCCCUUUUCAAAUCACACAUAUAUAUAUGCUACCCCCCACAAUUUCUUGGCAAUAUCAUGGUUUGACAAAUGCAUGGCAGCUUAUCUUAGCUUAUUAAUUAUUGAGGUUAUUAAUUAAUUAAUUAUUAGGUCAAGUUAGAACUUACUAUAUAUAUAUAUAUAUGUGUAUGUGUUGAAAUAAGUAAGUGAAUAAGAAGAUCUCGCGCGAUGUCUGGUUCAGCAGCCAUAGUUAGUAAUUCGACAUCAGAAAACAGCAACGGCAGCGAAAAGACAGUAGGCGCGGCGCUGAGCCGGUACGAAUCACAGAAGCGUCGGGACUGGAACACGUUCGGGCAGUACCUGAAGAACCACAAGCCGCCGCUAGUACUGUGUAGGUGCAGCGGGGCACACAUACUAGAAUUCCUGAGGUACCUGGACCAAUUCGGUAAGACAAAGGUACACAACAACGGGUGCCCAUUCUUCGGGCACCCUAAUCCACCGGCACCGUGCCCAUGCCCGCUGAGGCAGGCAUGGGGGAGUCUGGACGCGCUUGUUGGGAGGCUACGCGCGGCGUUUGAAGAGAACGGUGGUAGGCCGGAGGCGAACCCUUUUGGGGCUAGAGCAGUAAGGCUUUAUCUGAGGGAGGUUAGGGAUUCACAGGCCAAGGCCAGAGGGAUCGCUUACGAGAAGAAGAAGCGCAAGAAAACACAGAUCAAGAAACAUGAUCAGGAGACAACAACAAACGCAGGAGGUGGUGGUCUUAUGAUGAUGAUGGCGGCGGGACCAUCAUCAUCUUCAUCAUCAUCAUCAUCAUCUGCUGCCAGGAGGAGUUCCAUCAUUAUUCCUUUAUCUGUUUUUAAUUAAUUUAUUAAAUAAUCUUCCUAGUAGUUUUGAAUUAAUAUGUAGUCUAGUUAUUUUCUGAAUAUGAAUAAUAAUGUGGAUCGGAUGAAGGAGUUUAAUUAAUUAGUUUGUUUGUUAGAUUACCGGCCAGUUUAGUAAGAAUAGCUCUUUCUUCAUCAAACAUGUGAUGUGAUUCUCUCUCGUGUGUUAGUUCACUCUAAAUCAUGAGUUACGUUACGUUGUCGGUAAUAAUUGAUUAACUAUGGUUAUUUGGGUAUC